AUGGACUCAUGGCAGAUCCAAAACACGGUUUGGAGUAUGCGGCAGUGCGAAUGCAGCUUACUCCAUACCCCGCAACACGCUUCGAUGAAAGGACAAACUACCGUAAAGACACUUCCACUGAAGGAAUGGCUGCGGGAUCCGUCUCUCAGUCGUCUUGCAGGUGGAGGAUCUACAUCCAGGACGGACCCAAUAGCCAUUAUUGGAUUCUGGGCUUUGGUCGCUGUGUCCAUUGGACAUAGAUGA